AAAAGGCUUAGAGAGACGUGCUCAGCUAGAGCUUGUUCAGCCAGGCGAUCGCGAGUGGGUUACCAUUAUUCAGAGCAUCUGCGCCGCUGGGUAUGCAACCCCACCUUUCAUCAUCUACAAAGGACGCGUCCACAUCUCUGCCUACACCAGACCACCGCCAACAACACGUGAUCUGCUUCUCCUCUCAACCUUGAAGCACUUUAACAGGCAUACAAAGACACACACUGUUAGUACUUACUGUACGCUAAUUUUUAAUAGUUAUGAGAGCCACAACUCUACAGAAUUCUAG